CGGGAAUACUGGAUCAACCGAUCAAGUGAAUCCCUUCCUUCUAAAACCCUAGCCUCCGCCCCUCCCGUUCAUCAAGAUUCAAGAGAGACAACGCUGUCUGUACCGGCAAAGCAGAGCUCUACCCAGGCCAAAUAUGUCCUCCGCCGCCGCGUCAAGGCGUUUGGUUUCCGGUCUCCACCACCUCCUGUCGCUUUCCUCCAGAUCAUCCUCUGCCGCAGUAGUCACCCAUCCGCCAUCUCCAUUUCAUCAAUUUCUGAGGGGCUUCACUGCGAGUUCCGAUGUACUGCUCCAGCAGCCGCAGGAAAUUGUUUUGCCCACACGAGUCAUCGAAUCCAAGCCCGGCGCCAUGUCCCCGUCGUCCAAGCGAACGGGACUCAUCGCUGUCAAGUGCGGGAUGACUGGUCUUUGGGACAAAUGGGGUGCCAGGGUUCCCAUCACCGUUCUCUGGGUCGACGACAACAUCGUCUCUCAGGUCAAGACUAUCGAGAAAGAAGGGAUUUUCGCUUUGCAGAUCGGUUGCGGCCAGAAGAAGGCAAAGCAUUUAACGAAGCCUGAAGUGGGUCAUUUCAGAGCGCAGGGUGUUCCUCUGAAGAGGAAAUUGAGGGAAUUCCCAGUCACUGAAGAUGCGCUGCUGCCCCUCGGCACUUCUCUUGGCGUUCGUCAUUUCGUUCCUGGUCAAUAUGUUGAUGUCACUGGAAUCACCAUGGGAAAGGGUUUCCAGGGUGGAAUGAAAAGGCAUGGGUUUAAAGGAGGGCCAGCGAGUCAUGGUGCAUCGUUAUCGCACAGAAGUAUUGGUUCUACUGGUCAGAGGGAUGCUCCUGGUAAGGUUUUUAAAGGGAAAAAAAUGCCUGGGCGUAUGGGUGGCAAGCAAAGAACGGUGAAGAACGUAUGGAUAUACAAGAUCGACCCAGUUAGGAACUUGAUCUGGGUGAAAGGCCAAGUACCGGGAGCAGAAGGUAAUUUCGUGUUUAUUAAAGACGCAGUGUACAGGAAGCACGAGAUUUCAUUGCUUCCUUUCCCAACGUAUUUUCCGGGAGAUGGCGAGGAUGAUAGGUUGGAACCCUUGGUUGCCGAUCUUGGAGAAGUAGAUCCAUUCAUGCUAGGAGAUUAGCAACUUCUGUGAGAAAGCCCUAUAGGAAACCUUGGCUGAUCAGGAAUUCGGACCACUUGUGCUUACUCUGGAUAAGUUUUGCUGUUGAGUUGAAAAACAAUACUGCGUUGCUCUAGGUUCCCCAACGAUGGGAAAUAGUGAGUGGGAUGUGUAGGUACAUAAUUUGUCCGUCUGCCCGGCCUUGUUUCGGUUUUUGAACAAGAAUAAUGUUUUGGUUCCAAAUGAGUUGGCAUUUAGCUGGUCUAUCAUUCACUUCUUGAUUUCGAAGGCUAC